AUGACUCUCGCAGAUGGCCGAGUUAUAGACACAAAAGGAUGGAACGAUUGGGAAUGGACGCAUGGCAUUGGCCUCUAUGGGAUAUGGCAUUACUACCAGAUUACUGGUGAUGCAAAAUAUCUACAGAUAAUCGAAGACUGGUUCCAGAACAGAUUUGACUCAGGCGGCACGACAAAGAAUAUCAACACUAUGGCAGCCUUUCUUACUUUGGCCUACGUUUAUGAGAAGACAGGAAAUACCACUUACUUUCCUUGGUUAGACAGCUGGGGGGAAUGGGCAUAUCACGACUUGAAGCGAACCAAAUUUGGAGGCAUGCAACACAUUACAUAUCUGGAAGAAAAUGACCAACAGUUAUGGGAUGAUACCCUCAUGAUGACCGUGUUGCCUUUGGCCAAAAUCGGACUGGUGCUGGGUCGCCCCCACUACGUGAAAGAAGCAAAGUAUCAGUUUUUACUCCAUCUUCAGUAUCUGUUUGAUACCAAGACGGGCCUCUUUUUCCAUGGAUGGACUUUCAAUGACGGAGGCCAUAACUUUGCGUCAGCAAGAUGGGCGCGCGGAAAUAGCUGGCUCACUAUUGUUAUCCCGGAAUUCCUCGAAUUGUUAGAUCUAGCUUCCGACGAUCCGUUUCAUAUCCAUCUCAAGUCUGCAUUCACUGCACAAUGCGAGGCUCUAAAAACUUUGCAAGCCCCAAGCGGGCUUUGGCGCACAUUAUUGGACCACUCGGAAGAAGAAGGGUCGUACGUGGAAUCUAGUGCAACAGCUGGUUUCGCCUUCGGUCUGUUGAAGGGGCAUAGGAAGCGUUUUAUUCAGUCGGACCAUCGGGAAGUCGCAUUCAAAGCUGUACAAGGCGUUUUGAAGAACAUCAGUUCAGAUGGGCAAUUACUAAACACGUCCUUUGGAACAGGCAUGGGAUCUAACUUGGAGUUUUACAAAAAGAUUCCGAUCACGCCUAUGCCCUAUGGCCAGGCAAUGGCAAUUCUAGCGCUGGUUGAAGUUUUGAAAGUCUUCAUAUAG